AAAGAAACUAAUCAAACAAAAUGGCCGAUGUUCUUUAAAAUAGUUUUAUGAGUAUAUUGAGAAUUUUAUGGAAAGUUUUGCUAUAAAAUUGUUUCAAAAUAAUGUCUAAAAGAGAUCAAGGCGACCGAAAUGAUAGAAAGCUGGAUUCUAGUGACUAUGAAAACUUGAUAUCCCAACACAGUGUAUUUGAAUCGUCACGAUCGAAAAACCAAGAGUUACCCAGUUUUCCCGGAUUUUCAAAUGCCGAAACACAAACAAAAACUAGUGACAUCAAAGAACAAGCAGUACACUCUGGUUUGGGGGCAUGGCAUUACAACCCAUGGUGGAUGCUGGCUAGCACAUCGCGGAACCUACCCUCUCAGGACGACUAUUCAGAGCACAGUGAUCAAACUAAAGUGAAACAAGAGCCUGUCGGGGCUGGCACUCCAGACAGGGACCCUCUACAGACAGAACUAGAGCAGUUCCAAGCAGAUACUGUAACACCUCCAGUUGGACUAGAUUCGUUUUGCGACGAUUGCUCUGAUCCUUUUUGUGACUCAAGUGUAGCAAUAUGUCGCAAACUUUUCCACUGCCCCCACUGCCGAAAAAGCUACCCAACAAUUUUAGAAUUCAACACACAUUUAACAGGAGUACAUCCAGCACAGAAGCCUUUCAGAUGUCAGAUAUGUUUGGAACCAUUUCAUAAGAAAUCUCAUUUACGAAGACACUUGGAUGCUAACCAUACUCGAAAAGAUGUAAACAAGUGUACAGUAUGCUCUAAAUAUAUUAAAGAUAAGAGCAAUCUACGUAAACACAUGCAAGUUCACACAGGCCGUGUACCUCAGAAACAAUUCAAGUGUGACUUAUGUAAUAACAAACGCUACAUGUCUUUAGACAGACUUAACAACCAUAAGGUGGUGUGUACUGGGGAAAAAGUACUGAAGUACUGCGACAUGUGCACCAAGGUCUUUGAUAAUUCAAGAUCAUUGAACAGCCACAAAAAAGUACACGCCCGGGAAUUGAAGUGUGAUAACUGUGGGGAACAGUUAAGAUCAUUGGAACAGUUUACAAAUCAUAAAAUGAUUUGUCAAGGUACUACAUCAGAAGCAGGAGGCAGCCACGGAGGCUCCAGUAACACAGGGGUUCAAGCUGUAGGCCGUUGCUGCACUCAGCCAGGACUAUGUGAACAUGACAAACCGGCUUACCUGAACAUACCUGGAUAUGCCACUGGUAGAGUGCUUGAUGCCACUCUGUCCUCUUUAAAGUCAGAGCUCAACUGAUGACACAUGCCACAAUGGCUUACAAAGUAACUAAUUAUUACAUAUUAUAAAUUAAACAGUUUCUUUUUUACAAGAUUACCAAAUAGAUAAAUAAAUGACAGUAAUAAUUUUCACAAUUGAGAAUUUCACAAGACUGAUGCAAAUAUCCCGCCUCACGACUUGCUUUAUUAUUACCAUUUAAAUUUAGGCUUUAGUUGUAGGUUAAUACAGUUAGAGUAAGAAACAUAGCCAUUUGAACAUGUUCUCAUAUAUUUGCAGGAAGAGUGAGUAAAAUAUAUAAGAAUGUGGUUAAGUUGUUAUAUCCACCUUUAUUUUUUAAUUAUAAUUAAAUGAUUGUUCAAUGAGAACAGAGUUAUAGAACCAGAUCAUACAUGCAACAAUUAUUAUAAGUUUAUCAGAUAUUUUUUUUUAUUAUUUGAUAUCUUUUCUAUAACAAUGCUUUGACUGAUUUAGAGUAAAUGUGAAUGUGCAGUAUUACAUACAUUAAAUCAAUUUUUAUUUUUCUAUUUUGGAGAUGUUAUAAGAGUAUGUUAUUUUUAUAAUUUUAGAACAUAAUAUUUUAGUUUUAGCUUAUGUACCUAAGUUGUAUGUUGUAAACAGUCAGAGGAGACGUAUGAGGAGCAUUUUAUGUUUUCCAGUGCUCUGAUGUACUUUAUUCUCCAAAGACAUAAAUAUAUAAAAUUAUGUAGUUUCGUAUACAUAUAUAAACAUGUAUUUCGAAUAUUUUCUAAAGACAACUUUUAUACAAAUAGCCAUGGGACAAUUGUUUCAUGAGACACCUGUAGGCUAAGUAAAGUAAUGCUUGGUAAAGUGCAAUGUACCAUUGGCGAAGCCUUGUUCAUGUUAUGGUUAUUGGUAGAUUUGUUGUGUUCUCCUUACCCAUUAUAUUUAUUCUUGAAGUGUAAUACACUGAAAAAUUAUUGCUGCAAUUUAUAAAAUUAUAAGUGUAAGUAAUGUUUUAUGAUAUAUUAUUAUGUUAAUACAACAUGUGUACACACACCCUAAUUGUAAGAUUCGAGGCUAUAAUAUCUAAAGCUAUCAAGCCUUUAUUUUGCUAAAAUAUCAUAGGAGUUAUUUCUAUACUCUCAAAUUUUUUCUUAUACUUAUAUUUUUUUAAAUCUUAUUAUUUCUAAUUUUAUUUAUUUUGUUCAUGUUAUGUGGAAAGAAGAGUACUUCUGUUUGGAGGCUUUUUAUUCAUAAUCAGUUGUUGCUAUUUACAAUUGUUUUUAAUACUAAUAGCUUAGUUUAUUUUUAAUAUCUUUAUGACUUAGUUACGUAGUUUAUAUUUUGAUAAAUUUUAAUAUGUAAGUUCCACACAGGAAUCUUGCUUUUACAAGCCACCGAAAAUAUUAUUGGGUUUAUAAUACCAAAUUCGUUUUAUAAAGUUAAUACAUAAUAUUAUAUUGUAGUUACUUAAUUGGUGACUUUAUUAAGGCGUUUCGGUUGAGUUUAUACACUUUACAAUUUUGUAUUAUUGUUAAUAUUUUAAGUAAUUGUAUCACUACUGGAGAAGGGGGCUUUGCUUUGUGGUAACGGACUAAGAGCUGACUGCAACUUUGCAUGGACUACAAAAAAAGGACUUAUGGCCAGUUAAAUGAUGAAACCGUCACGAAGAUAAGCCUGCUUGUCGAGUAGUGUUAAUUUAAUAAAUCGUAAUAGAAAUAGUUGUCUGUUCUAUUGUUGAGAAGUUGGUGUAUAUUACCAAUAAUACCGUUUUUAUGUUUGCAAAAUGAUUGAUACUAUUUAAGCUGCACUGAUAUCAAAUUCUAACAGUUGUAAACUUCAACUGUCCGAUAUAAUAAUCUUUUAAUCGUGUAUCCUUAUAGUAUUUUAAAUAUAUAUAGGUAAUUAUGUCUGCGUAAUGUGUACCAAGAUCAUAAUUGAUAAUUGUUUUGCACAGAGCACAGCACAGCUCCAAAUAUUUAUCGAAACGCCACGAAGUUGUCAAUCUUCUUGUUAUUGACUAACCUGUAAGAAAAUAUAUGUAAAGAAUAUAUUUUAUUAUGAAAUAUUCAUAAGUGUAGCGUAGAUUCAACUUAACAUCGGGUACUGAAAUAAAUGCUAACUUAUUGCGGUGGAAUAUGACAAUAAUAUCAUGUAAUUCAAUCUUAGAGACAUCUAAGUCCCUGUUAUUACGCCGCAAAAGAGCACUACACUGCAUGUUUUCAAUAUUCAUAUUUUUUCUGUCAAGCACUUCCCAACUUUGUUUGGGUCUGCGUGAAAUCUCACCGAAUACAACAAUGUUAUACAGUAUUUUUUUAUGCUAUAGUGACUUCGUUUACAGGCACCCUAAUUUAUCAAUAUGUUUCAUCAAAACAAAGUGCUAUCAUAGUAUAUUUAAAUAAAAUUGAAUAAAGUUUAUCUAAAUGAUGAAUUCUCAAAUAUUUGAAAAUGGGUGGCUAUUUGUGAAUAUCUGAGAAUUCAUGAUGAGGAUUGAAUGAUUCAAAUUUAUUUUGAACAUUUGAUAAGUCUCCCUAACACUUAUAUGUAUUAACGUUUGAUUUGUAGUCGUUAUUAAUAUUCGGUACCCAGAUUUUAAUUGUUUUUAUACCAUACAUUUGGAAAUUUUAAAAUAUACAGAAACACUUAAUGUGUAGGUAGUAGGUACCUUUUCUAAUACUUAAGAAAUAGUUGUAAUCCGACCGCUGCUAUUUUACUACUAAAGCACCACAAAAUUUAUCAAUGAUUUAAAAAACGCGUGUCGAUGUGGUCUACACGGAUGUUGUAAAAUUAUUUUGCUGACUACACACAAAAGAAAUAUAAAUUGCGUCAGCACCAUGUUCAUGAAAGUAGAAUAAAGUCAAAGUGAAUUUUUGGGUUAUGUCGCAAAGUAUUUCAGAGCCGCCGUAUUGCCAAAUUUUUUUGAACCGCCUAAUUGUAAUCAUUAUUUUUUUUAAUUCUAAAAAUUGCUUAAAUAAAUGUAUGCGUUAUAUUUUUUAGGCAAUGACCAAUAGUGAGGCAAACUGAUACUACCAUUGUAACCGCAGACUUUGUGACUGAAUAUUAUUUGUUUGGAUUGAUAUUAUACAGAAAAUAUAUACCACUAGGUACCUAAUAUUUUGUCUUUGUAGUUAUUUAGCAUGGUGUGUAACUUUUAAUGCACCUAGGUUUAAGAAAAAAUGUGUUCAUAUGAAUUUAGUUAGGUACAUAGUUUAUAGUUCAUCUAUUUGAUUAGUAAAGUAGACUGUAAAACAGUGUAAUGUGAAUUACGAUUCGAAUGCAUUAUUUUCCAAUAAAGCCUUCCAUUGCGUAUAAAACAAAAUCAGCCAAAAUUCAAUUCUGCGAAAGUUUUACAAUAGCGACAUGUUUUCUUUCGAGCAAUGGUAAUAAAAGUUGUUCACUUACGAUUGUGUACCCGAAUGUAGAAAACUUAGUUAUUUGAACGCAAGUUAAAAAAUAGCGUACAUACCGUUACUAAUUAUCACGAAUAAAUUAAUUUCCUUUCUGUUAAAA